AUGGCCACACAGCGCGAGCUUUCGCCUGCAUCGGUGGGCUGUGACUUUGCAGCUUCUUCGUGGCCUUCCGAUCACAGCGAACCUGACUUGCAGUAUGCACAAUCAGACACCAGCACCGACGAGGGCGAGACCGCCGUGAUGAGGCUUGUUGGAAGGGCGGCACUUCGUCCGCCUCUGCGGCUUCGCAACGAGAGCUUCCUUCGCUCAACCUUUGCAAGGGCGAAGGAGUUCGGCAGCCAGGCAUUGCACGUUGUUUUAGACCGCAGGGUGCAGCAGGGGGCGGCGGCCGGUGCGCUGUCCUGUGGCGCCUGGGGCGGCUUCUGGGGACUCUGCAACGGCUCCGUCAUCGGGUGCUCAGUCGGCUUAAUGGCAGCUCCCUUCACCCUAGGCUUUUCGGUCCCAGUUCUUACCUCCAUGAUGGCCUGGACCGGCCUCGUUGUGGGCUCUUCGGCCGGGGUGGGGGCCGGCUUGGUCGGCGGUGGCUGCGCAGGGUACCUGUACAGUGUGCACAACACAGCUCGGAUCCAAGGGGGCUACAUCAACUGUUUGUGCCACGGAGCAGCGAAGGCCGCGCACACGGAGACGCCAGCAGCGGCAGCGUAUGCUACAGUAACGCUUGUGCCAGCCACUUUGAAGUCUGCUGGCAUUUGUAGCGGUGGGACGCGCUUGCGAACUCACCAACGCAAAUUCGAUGCUAACUCACCAGAGCAGGAUGAGUUGACACAAGAAGCACCAUUGGAGCAGUUCAGUCUGAAUUGUGCUAUUGGACAUGUUGCUGCGGAUGUUGCGGGAGAUGCGUACCUGGGUGUGCUCACUUGCUCAUGGCCCAUGGCCAUCUUGUGGUAUCCAAAAGAGGGCAACAAGAGCAACAUCAGCAAAUUGCCGCGUCCUGCAGAAGGCGGCGGCUCACUUGCUGGGCGGCGCUUUGUGAACGAGGGUCGCUGGAACGCAGAUCUCCGACUCGCUGGGCCUUGGAGGACCCUUUACCUCAUCGUUCUUGUGGAUAUGGUGAACUUCGGUAUGGUGUUCCCACUGCUGCCAUCCAUUGCCGAGCAAUUCGGCGUGGAUGCAGCUGCAGCGGGCAGCUCAGCCUCUCUCAACUACCACUGGGGCAUGCAUUUUGGUGUCCUUGCUUCCCACCCACGCUUCAAUUCAAGCAAAGACUGGACGCAGCUGGACGCACCCUUUUUGAGACAACACCAUGCAAAGAUCGGCUAA